GCACGAACACAAGAAUCCACGAGAGUGAUACACAUGGGAUGGGAGGAUGUAUGCGAGGAUUACGAUGAAUUUUUGGUCAGAGCACAAGUAGUGAAUGUUGUGGACGACGCUAGCUGGAUGGAUGGAUGGAUGGAUGCUGUGGAUGCUGAAUGA